CGCGUUCGCACAUUGAACUAGGCAUUCGCCGUUCUGAACCGUAAUCCCCCACCAGCACUAUAAGAAUGGCGGCGACUACGCCCAGCCGUCAGGCCAUCCUCAGCCUCUAUCACAACAUGCUGCGCACGUCCCAGUCAUUCAGCUCCUACAAUUUCCGCGAAUACUUUAUCCGAAGAACGAAGGACACUUUCAGGACGAUCCAGGCGGAAUCAGACCCGAAUAAAGUCGGAAUGAUGUAUUCCGACGCUGUGAAGGAGUUUACUGUCCUACGACGCAGUGCGAUUGUGAAUCAGUUGUAUGGAGGGUGGAAACUCGCUGUUGAGGUUGAGAAAAAGCCGCAAGAGUUCAAGACGAGGGGUGAUAACUGAUGGGUGGUUUUAUCGAAAUUUGGAGGACAGUCAGUCCCAUAAUAUCAAGUGAUGAAGCUCAUGGCACCCUGGCUCGCACUUACCGCUCUGGUGGACAGGUGCUAGAAAACAGGAUGCUCGUUUAUACCACCUUCAGUUAGGCUUGAUUGGCAUUUAUGGAAGCACCCGUAAUUCCUGUGUAUAUUCGCCUGGUGUUCGCAAAUGAAACUUUUUGCUUC